UGAGGCAGAUCAAGCUGGUAAAAGGUCUUCAGCCCCUCGAAGUCUCUGAGAAAGGGACCGUCACCUUUGAGGUGGAGGUGUCGCAUGAGGAUGUGGAAGGGACCUGGCAGAAGGAUGGCGUUCGGCUGAAGCCUUCACCAAAUAUCAGCAUUGGUGUCCUGGGGAAGAAACAUUCACUGACUCUUUCUUCAGUGACUCUUGAAGAUGCAGGACUCAUCUCCUUCAAAGCAGACGGCAUUCAUUCAUCAGGGACGCUCACUGUGACAGAAUUGCCUGUGAGGAUCAGCAAACCUUUGGUAGACAUCAGUGUAACUCAGAAGGACAAAGCCACAUUUGAGUGUGAGCUGUCCAGGCCCAACGUGGAUGUUAAGUGGUUCAAGGAUGGGAAGGAUCUCCGGCAAAGUAAAAAAGUGGGGGUUAUUUCCCAGGGAAAUAAGAGAAGCCUCAUUAUUCACAAGUGUGAAUAUGAAGACCAGGGAACCUAUACGUGCGAAGCAGCUGAAGACAAGACAUCAGCUACCCUAAAGGUUCAUGCCCGAGAUAUCAAGAUUGUUAAACCACUGGAAGACGUGGAAGUGAAUGAAUACGAGAGUGCGUCUUUCAUCUGUGAGAUUUCACACGAUGAGGUCCAAACCCAAUGGUACAAAAACGACAACAAGCUGAAGGCUGCCGACAAUAUUAGAAUGCGUCAAGAUGGAAAGACCUACUCGUUGACUUACAUACGUGUCCAAGUCGAAGAUGCAGCAGAGAUCAAAUUUGUAGCAGAAAAGGCAGAAUCUCGUGCCCAGCUUACCGUGAAAGAGCUGCCUGUAAAAAUUGUGAAGCCUUUGCGAGAUAAGAUUGCUCUGGAAAAACACCGGGGAUUCCUGGAAUGCCAGGUGUCUCGUGCCAAUGCCAAAGUCCGGUGGUACAAAAAGGAUGUUGAAAUUCACCCUAGUGACAAAUACGAAAUUGUGAGCGACGGUGUCUAUCGGAAACUCAUCAUCAAUGAUGCAGACUAUGAGGAUGAAGACACGUACACUUGUGAUGCCUUUGAUGACAAAAGCAGUGCUAAUUUCUUUGUUGAAGAGCAAGCCAUUAAUAUUGUAAAAGAAUUGUGUGAUGAGGAUGUGACUGAGCCUGAAGAAGCCAAGUUCGAAUGCGAGAUAUCCAUUCCAUCUGUGAAACCCCCCAAAUGGUUGCUACGAGGAGAAGUCUUACAGGCUGGCAGAAACAUUAUCAUGCAGCAAGAAGGCACCAUCCACAGGCUGACGAUACUGAAAACCAGUACUGAUAUGACAGGCACCGUCCAGUUCUCCAUUGGCAAAUCAAAAUCUACAGCAAACCUGCUUGUUAGAGAUUACCACAUACAGAUCACCAGGAAGAUGGAGGACAAGACAGCUCUGGAGCGCCAUUCAGUCAUCCUCUCCUGCGACUUCAGGCCUUCUCCAAAGGUUGUGAAGUGGUUCAAGGGCCACGCGCCCAUCGAGCCCUCCGAGAAGUACAAAAUCAAGCGGGAGCAGCAUUCGGCGGAGCUCAAGAUUUUGAAGGUGAAGCCCGAAGAUGCUGGUGUGUACAAGUGCAGGGCUGGAAACGCAGAGACCGAAGCCACGCUGACCGUUGAAGCCCGCAACGUAGAAGUACUCAAACAUCUGCAGGACGUGGAAAUCGAAGAAGAGAGUUCCGCUGUCUUCUCCUGCGAGCUGUCCCACGACGACGAGGAUGUGGAAUGGUUCCUCAACGGCACCCUCCUUUACACCAACAACUUCAAUGACAUCAGGAACGUUGGCAAUUGCUACAUGCUGACGAUGAAGCACGUCAAGCCUGAGGAUGCGGGCACAGUGACAAUGAAGUCAGACAAGGUGUCAGAGAGCGUGCAUCUGAAGGUGAUAGAGAAACCUGCUGUCUUCAUGAAGUCCUUGGAUGAUGUUUUUGGUGAGGAACGAGGUGUGAUUAAACUGGAAUGUGAAGUCUCCAAAGAGAAGGUCAGACCUAUUUGGAAAAAGGAUGGUGUGAACCUCACUUCUGGUAACAAGUAUGAGCAGAUACAGUCCGGGAAGACCCUGUGCCUCCUUAUCCAUGACCUCGAAAAGACAGAUGCAGGUUUAUACACAUGUGAUAUUGGCACUGAUGUUGCCAAGUCAAAGGUCAGCGUUCAGGAACUGAACAUUGGCAUCACCAAACGGCUGAAGAACACUGAAAUCCAAGAGGGAGAAGAUUGCACUUUUGAGUGUAUUUUGUCCCAUGAAAGCAUUGAUGACUUUAACUGGACGCUGAACGGGAGCAAAGUGGAAAGUGGUGGGCGAUUUAAAGCCUCUAACAUGGGUCGGAAAUAUACACUUAAUAUCAAAAACGUGAUUCCUGAUGAUGCUGGGGAAGUCCUUUUCACUGCCCGGGGUCUAACCUCCAAGGCUUCUCUGGUUGUGAAAGAAAAACCUACCGAGGUUAUGAAACAGCUGGAGGAUAAAACAUCAGCAGCGGGACAGGACAUCAGCCUGAGCUGUGAGUUGUCGAAACCUGAUGUGAGCAUCAGGUGGUACAAGGAUGGCAAAGCAAUCCGAAAAAGCCAGAAAUAUGACUUGCACCAAGAGGGAACACGGGCCAUUCUGAUCAUCCAUGACUCCACGGUCAAGGACAGUGGGGAGUACACCUGUGAGACAGAGGUCUCUAAAACAAAAGCCAGGGUCACAGUGCAAGAAAAACCUAAUUAUUUUGUCAAGGAACUUUCAGAUCUAAAAGUCGAUGAAGCUGGAACUGCAGUUUUUAUGUGCCAGAGUGAAAAAGCUGCAUCCUCUGUGGUCUGGAGGAAAGGCAUAGCUGAACUCAGGGCUGGCAGGAAGUACGAGAUCACGCAGAAAGGACAAGUCCUGCAGCUGACCAUAAAUAACUUGGAGAAAAGUGACAGUGACACUUACACCUGCGACAUUGGUGAUGCCCAGUCCAGAGCCAAGCUAGUCGUGCAAGGCCAGAAAGUGCUAAUAACAGAAGACCUGGAAGAUGUCACUGUGUUAGAAGGAGAAUCUGCCAUGUUCAAAUGCAGAAUCUCUCCUGUAGACUAUAGCAAAGUGCAGUGGUUUUUGGAUAAAACCCCACUCCAUACCAAUGAACUUAAUGAGAUCCAGUCUCAGCCUGGUGGAUAUCACUUGCUAACGUUGAAAAAACUCUCACUGAAGGACUCGGGGGUCAUUACAUUUGAAGCUGGUGAUAAGAAAACAUCUGCCAGUUUGGUUGUUAAAGAGAAGCCCUGCAUCUUCACAAAGGAGCUGGUUGAUACUGAAGUCAUUGAGGGAGAGGAUGUGAUCCUUCACUGUGAAACCUCCAAAUCAGACAGCCCUGUAAAGUGGUGCAAAGAUGGGAAGAGCCUUAGGAAUUCUUCCAAGUAUAACAUCAGCCGGUCGGGAUUUGAAGCCAAGCUUGUCAUUCACAGGGCAGAAGGAAGAGACAGUGGCAGAUAUGAGUGUGAGGCUGGAGCAGCUAAAAGUAGUGCGGUUAUUGCUGUCAAGGAAAUACCAGUUCUUUUCAAGAAAGAGCUCCAAAGUGAAGAAGCUAAAGAAGGAAAACAAGUCAAGUUGACUUGUGAGCUCAGCAAACCUGAUACCCCAGUGAAAUGGAUGAAAGGAGACACUGUCCUCCAUGCCAGUGAGAAGUAUGAAUUCAAGCAGCAUGGUACUGUGGCAGAGCUCAUUAUUCGAGAUGUCAAAUCGAUAGAUGCUGGGGACUAUACCUGCAGCACUGGGGAACUGAAGACAACUGCUCGAGUGAAAGUGAACGCUGUGCCUGUCCUUUUCAAACAAGCCCUGGAGAACAUGGAAAUGGAAGAGGGGAAAUCUAUCUCCUUGCGCUGUGAACUCACAAAAGCUGAUGCCACUGUGGUGUGGAAGAAGGGAGGAGCCCCGCUCCAGGCAAGUGCCAAAUAUGAAAUGAAGCAGAAGGGGACAGUGGCAGAGCUGGUGAUUCAUAAUGCAGAGCCAGAAGAUGCGGGAAGAUACACCUGUGACACUGGAGACCAGCAGACCACAGCUCAAGUCAAAAUCCAUGCUGUCUCUGCGCUCCUCAAAGAAGAGCUGAAGAGUGUGGAAGCUGUGGAAGGUGGGACCGCCACCCUCCGAUGCCAGCUGAGCAGAGAGGUCCCCGUGGAGUGGAGGAAGGGGCACACUCUUCUGCGGCCGAGUCACAAGUACAGGAUGAGGCAGGAGGGCACGGUGGCAGAGCUACUGAUCCAUGAUCUGGAACCAAAGGAUGCUGGAGACUAUACUUGUGUAGUGGGGAAUGAAAAAACCACAGCAGCCUUAUCAGUGAAUGCCCUGCCAAUCCGUUUCAAAAAAGAGCUGAAGAACGAGGAAGGCACGGAGAGCGGGACGGCCACGCUGCAGUGCGAGCUGAGCCGGGCGGGGGGCUCGCUCGAGUGGAGGAAGGACGGGAAGGUGCUGAUGCCAAACGGCAAAUACAAAAUGAGACGGGAAGGGCGUUUCGCUGAGCUGGUAAUCCAAGACUUAGACUUGACGGAUGCUGGGAGCUACACCUGCGUGUGUGGAGACCAGAAGACAACAGCUGCUUUGAGAGUGAAUGCCUUGCCUAUCCUCUUCCAAGAAGAAAUGUUGAACAAGGAAGCUACAGAGGGAGAGGCAGUGACUUUGCACUGUAAACUGAGCAAAUCGGCCCCGGUCGAGUGGAGAAAGGGGAAUACGGUCCUCAAGCCAAGUAAAAAAUACAAAAUAGAGCAGGAAGGUCCCUUUGCGGAGCUGACGAUCCAGGAUUUGGAUUUGGCAGAUGCUGGUGAUUACAGCUGUGUGUGUGGAGAUCAACAGACUACGGCUGCUUUGACAGUAAAUGUCCUGCCUGCUCUUUUCACCAAAGAACUGACAGAUGAAGAAGCCACAGAAGGUAAAAGUGUCUCUCUGCACUGUGAGCUGAACAAGGCUGCUGCUAAGGUGGAGUGGAAGAAGGGCUUCAAGACCCUCAAAUCAAGUGACAAGUAUAAAAUGAAACGCGAAGGUGUCGUUGCUGAGCUUAUAAUCCAAAAUCUAGACACGGCGGAUGCUGGAAAUUAUUCCUGCGUGUGCGGAGACCAGCAGACUAUGGCAGUUUUAACAGUACAUG